UUCUACUCUACUGCGUCUGGAACUUGUCCGGUGGUUGCGUGUCUCGCCGCGUCAUCCGGCAGGGUGCAUCACAUACGAGUAUCAGGGCGUUUGGUGACUCAUGUUCACUAAGCCAUAUUGGUUCAGAUUUUCGACAUUGGUGGUGAUCGUCUUUCUGUGUCGACCGACGAUCUCAAUCGCAAGCAUUCCAUUCAGUCGAAACCGACUAGGCGUCAAAUGCAUAGUCGUAUGUAAUUGUGAAAUGCUUGCCAAAAGUAGGUAUGGAGAGAGCCGCGUCGAGGUAGAUCUUGUGGAAGCGACUCCGGGACCUGCAAAGAAGCUGUUGUUACUUGGUCAUCAAGAUCUAAGGAAGGAUGAUCGUUCCUACAGGAUAGAAAUACUCGUACCCCCUAGCUCUUGGUGGUUUGCGAGCUCCCUAGUGUCACACGUCCUCCCAUACACCCUUUCGCGGUUGGUUGUGGGGAGUGCUGACACACUCAUCACGCGCCAUGUCAACCUGGGCAGCUUCUGCGAGAGCAUCUGCAAGGACCAUAUCGACCCGAUCCUUCUGACACCGCGAAAUCAGGCCCUCCACGACCUUGCACAUCGCGAUCUCUUCAAGAAUUUGCUCAGAGACUUGCGAUAGCGUUCUAAUCAAUGCAACAAUACAAGAUUGAUCGUCCUUGGCGGACCCGAUCGUGGACAGGUGACCUAGACUGUCUCUGCAUCCAUUUACCGUGGUCUCGAUGGAAGACACCAAAGAUGCCCACUGUGGGUUCAAAGGGAUCAGACUAUGUGCCACAGCAGGGUCCAUGUCCCCACCGGGAUAGUCACAGCCGCCUGGGAGAUGAGGCAAGGUUGAUUGACACCACUGAUCGAAUUCUGACAUGAGGGUAUCGAGCUCUCCAUGCUGCCGCGCGAUUUCGACCACCCGGGUUGUCAUUUGGGCUAGAACAAGCAAUCGGCUAUCACUCUUACAUCUGUUCUGAUCGAUGCCCCAGCCUCCGCGUCCAUUUUGGUCCUUGGCACGGUAUGAUUUUAGUGACAAAGCAGUAUUUCCCUCAUCCACCUUUGUGACAUCCUUGGUGCUGCGAAGCCACUUUCUAAGCGUCAAGGUGUUGAGCUUCUGCUGUUCCGCCCGUUCGAGCGCACUCAAAGAGGCAAGCUGAGUUUCAACAUCUCGACGUGCCGACUGAAUAUGUAGGUCGACACUGCUUCGCUCAUCGCAGAUGCGGAUAUUGCUUCCUAGGCCAUCGGCCGGGUUUGCCGAGAGGAAUGCAUGACCAGACGAGGGUGGGGCCUGAAGUGGAGGUGGGUGCGAUAUUGAUCCGGGCUUUACUGUUGCUGCCGUCCUCGUUUGGCCGGCAAUAUUCUUCUUAGGGCUGAAGUGUUGGCUGAAGGUGUUGAAGGCCGGCUUUCGAAUUGUGGGCGCGACGUCUGGAGCUGCUUUUGGAUGAAUUGAAGCAUGGACUGAUCCAGACGCCGCGGGCUUUGCUUCGGACCUUCCAAAGGCAGUCUGACGUCCUGAGGCAGCCGGACGACCAGUGUCAUCUACCCCGGGUCGCCUCGAGGCAUUUGAUCGCGUUCGGCUAUGUGCUGUGGCGAUCGAGGUUGAGGGGAUGCUUCUAGCCGUCGUCGAACGAAUGCCACUCGACGCAUUGAAGGUGGGGGCCGAUGGCACACUUUUAACCGCGGUGUGAUUUCGUGACCCUGAAGUCGCGGUGGAAUGACUUCUUGUGGGCUUUGACGGCGGUGCCUGGCUUUUGCCUAUCGCGCUCGUGGGCUGGAUGGAUCUUGGUCUCGACAUCGAAGUGAUAUUGCCCGCUCCUUGAGUCAUGCCUCCGGGAGUUGACGAGGUGAGCAACGUUUCCGCUGUCGAUUUCGAACGAGCAUGGCUUAACGAAGCUCCACACGAUGGAAUGUGACUCCUAGAGCCAACGGGAUCCAGCGUAGGAUUGCCAUCUCGUUGUUGUCCUUGGCCAUUGGGGGCAGGUGUAACUUGCCUAACAUGGCCGCGGCCUGCACUCAUAGGUCGCGACACUUCAUGUUGAGUCGAGAUUUUAGGACCUUCAACUGGCCUACCUGCUUUCGAAGGGGAUCUAGACAGAACAGGGAUAGCCAUUAGGCAUAUUGCGCUGUCCCUGAGCUCCAGCCGUUGGCUUUAUCAGUGGAGGAGAGUAAACAAUGCGAAAUACGCGGUGAGUGAUUGAUGCUGGCCCUUUAAUCGCGUAGUACACCAAACACUAGCGCCGUUUGUUAUGGAAGGUCAGCCGGGACAGUCAAACGCAUCCCUCAUUGUGUCCAACGCGGUGGACAGGACGUUGUCAGAUACUUUAUUAGGUAGUUGUGGCCUUUCGAGGGAUAUCUUACUCGGGUUACAGUUGUCCAAGAUAGCGACUUUAUCGGACUGGCUUCAUGGCGAGCUUGCGAUGCCUGACGCGUUCAGUCCGCUGCAACUCAUGAAGAAGUCUCCGUCCGCAUCAUUUAAUCUCAACGCCCACGACGACACUCGGGCACUUUCUUCGUCUGCGCUUUCUGAAGACAAGAUCUGGGCCUCGUCUCGACGCGCCGAAACAGUAAGAAGACUCAGGCGCCCUGAGAUCGGAGACAUAUCAAAUGUCUCCGAAAGCGAGGACAUGUAAGCUUCAUGGACCAUGCCCCAGACGCUUAACCAGGAUGAAUGCAUAUAAGGUGUGAUGGAGCACAGUCCAAAGUUUGGUGCUUUUACUCGUCCCUCCACAACUUCCCCUAAUUUACUACUUUCUUUCAUGAGAAACCUUGCCCGGACUGCUCUGCCGCGCAUCCGACAAGUAUACCGCAGCUUAUCUUACAGGCACCCAAUCCAUAUCUCGACAAGAUCAUCAUCAAGAAUCAUGACCACCACCAAUCAACAAGGUACCACAGGAGUCCCGGCCGCGGCCAUGUUCAACGAUGACGAGUUUGUCAAGAUGUACUCUUCGGCGGAAAAGAUGACGGGUCACUACGGAAAGAUCCUCGUCGAGACCGUGUUCAGGGAUGUCUCCGACGACGAAAAGCUGGUCGUGCUCGACGAGGCGUGCGGCACGGGCAUCGUGUCGAAGCACCUGAUGGACCACCUGAGCGAUGAAGCCAAGGACAACCUCGAGCUCACGUGCGCCGACUACGCCGAAGCCAUGCUCAGAUCCUUGGAACGACGCAUCAAGGCCGACGGGUGGAAGAACACGAAAACCGUCCACUGCGACGCUGUCGACACCAAACUGCCCAGUGAGCACUACACUCACAUCACGUUGAGUUUCGGACCCUUUGUGUUCUCGAACGCGAAAAAGGGCCUGGAUGAAUGCCGUCGCAUGCUGAAACCGGGCGGCGUAUUGGCCAUGAAUUCGUGGGAAAGCGUGGGCUGGAUGUCGGAUAUCCGCGACGCCCUCGCCACAGACCCGACGCUUCCUCCGGUGCCCAGCGACGAAGAAAUGCUAAAGACCUUUUCCAGCGAUGGAAACUGGAACGACAGGGAGUGGAUCUCCGACUUCGUGUCUCGGAACGGAUUCGUCAAUGUCGAAAUCACCCCCAUCCCCCAUCAGACCUCGCUGGCGGGCGUGACGGAGCUCAUGUCCCUCUUUCAAGGGUUCAUCAUGCUCCUCAUCAAAAAGGAGUGGAGCGACGAGGAAAAGGAGAGUUUCAAGAAGCGCGCGAGGGUGGCCAUCGAGAAGUACAUGACGGAAAAGUACGGCGACGGUGAAAUCAAGUGGAACUGGGUUGCUCUGAUGAUAACCGCAAAGAAAACUGCCUGAAUUUUUGCUUUGAGCGUUGAGCUGGCUAGCUGAGAGCUUUUUCGCAAGACGAGCUGUUUGUGACUACCUACUACACUCCUAGGUCGCAAGUAACACUAUAAAAAAGUCUUUGAGAGCCUGUUACGUCUCUCGUAACUAUCAAGGCAAGUUCACGUCUUGGUCACGUCCACAAUCUUGACAUCAACCUUGGCCCCGUUGACCUGUAACUUGUCGUUGACCGUGAAAGAAGUAGAUAUCUUGUCCACUGAAUUUGUCCCGACGAUCUCCACGGAUCGUGAUUCACUCAAGGGACCAUUGACCAACAGCUGUAAUCCCUUGGUGACGUCUCCCUCGGGGACUUUCAUUUCUGGGUUGUACGGAACGACCGCCUCGGGCCGCAGCAGGAUAGGCAGGGUAUCAAAGCCGUGUGUCUCCGUGUACCAUCUACCGGACUCG